AGAAGUAGAACAUAGAGUUAUGGGUUAAACAUCUUUCUUUUAUUGAUAAUAUUCCAAUACUGCAUUUGGAUAUUGACAUGUUUUGAUAACACGUAUAUUUCCUUUUUUUUCAAUAACGAAAUUAACCUAAAUCUAAGUCAAAAGUCAAAGUGAAGUACUGAAUGAACCAAGAUUCUAGUUCUCCUAGCUCUCACGCGUACGAAUACAUAAUGGUGGCGUGCAAAUGAAGACGGAGCCCAGUGGCCAGGACAACUCUAUUAUCUCUCUUUGUACAAUGUCCAGUGUGUUGAAGAGAAGUAUGGACCGUGAUGGGUCUCCAAUCAGCAAACGGUCACGGUCUGCCUAUGGCCCUGAUCAUGACAUGAUGCGAGACAGAAUGAGUCCACCGGAUUUCGAUCGAAGGGAGCGGGUAAAGUACGAACCAAGGGACCCUCCACCUGGGCCACCGGGUCCAGGGUAUCGCACUGAGUUCCUCGUUCACGAUGGUCCACCACCCCCUCGUCAACAUUAUGAAUCGAGGGGUCCACCACCCAGCACACCGUACCAGGCACCCCCACGUUGGCCGCCUGAUAAUAAUGACUAUAGAUCUCUAUACAUUAGCGGCAUACCAAGCAAGGUUCCUGAUCAGAUUCUCAGAGACUGUCUCAUUGACAAUUACAAAAGAUUUGGUGAAAUGAAUGUGAAAAUUACAAUGUCUAAUGAUCAAAGAGUUGCAUAUUUAAAUUUUAGGUACCCUGAAGAUGCGAAAGAGGCUCUGAUGAAAGGGAUUAAAUUCCUUUUUGACAGAGAACUGAAGAUCAAUCCUGUUUUCAACAAACGCAGGAACAUCAGUCCCAGCCGAAACUUUCCACCAAGUGGUGGUAGUGGCAGUGGUGGUAGACCUCCGCCAGCAGAACCUUUCUAUCCCUCGAGCAGACACUCGCCACCUCCAUAUGACCGCAGACCUCCAAUUGAUGGCCCAGCUUCUUAUGAAUAUCGACCACCUCCACCUCCUGGUAGUCAGACUGAGGAAAGGAAAAGUGAAAAGUUCCCGUAUCAUUUAGAUCAUGUUGACCCUGAAUAUGAUGACAAAGCCACUAGAACAUUGUUUGUAGGUAAUCUUGAUGUAAACAUUACAGAGUUUGAUUUGCGCAAUAUUUUUGGAAAAUUUGGCUAUGUUGAAGACAUUGAUAUAAAGCGUCCUGUAAGGAAUACUGGAAAUGCUUAUGCUUUCAUAAAGUACAUCAACCUUGAUUGUGCACAUAGAGCAAAGGUUGAGAUGUCUGGAAAAUACAUUGGUAGAUUUCAGUGCAAAAUUGGGUAUGGAAAAGUUACACCAACAACAGUUAUUUGGGUGGGAGGGCUUGGGCCGUGGAUCACUGUUGAAACACUGGAACGUGAAUUUGAUAGGUUUGGUGCAAUUCAACAUAUUGAAUGGCCGAGGAACAAAAACUUUGCUUAUGUUGUUUAUGACAGUAUUGAUGCAGCCCAGGCAGCUUGUCAGCAGAUGAGAGGAUGUCCCCUUGGUGGGCCUGAUCGACGUUUGAGGCUUGAUUUUGGAGAAAAAGAUCACAUAGGACGCAGCCAUAGCUUGCCAGAUUAUCAUUAUCCACCAAGCAAAGAAAGAAGCAGUUAUGGUCCGCCGCCUGAGCGGCCACCAGGUCCAUGGAGAGAGUCUCCACGCGGACCUCCAGAUGCACCGGAGAGACCCAGGUAUGAGGACUGGCGGGAUCACAGGGAAUAUAGGCCCCCGCCUCCUGAGGCUUAUAGGGAAGAAGGUAGACGCCAUGAGGACUACCAUUACGAGCGAGGUUCUGAACGACGUAGAGAGCGUACACCAGAAUUCAAUAAGUCUCAGUUCCAUGUGACAAGUCAGAGAUCACCUGAGCGAAAUAGAGAGUACAGGGAAGAACGGGCUCCACCACGAGAUGAGGAACGGAGAUUGUCAGAGCGUAGAGAAUAUAGAGGUCCUAGCCCCAAUGGUGAUUUUAUUGAGAGUCAGUGCCGCAGUCUCGCUGAUUUGGCCAAAAUGUUACCUGUUGCUUGGAAUGGUGCCCUCAUUUUGAAAAGUUCUGCUUUUGCCUCUCGUAUGCAUGUAGUCAGUGGUGAUGUGACUUUGGUGGAUACAUUGAUGAGGGAUCCUACUUCAACAGAAUCUCCUGUUCUCAAAAUAACGCAACGUUUACGGUUAGAUCAACCUAAACUAGAUGAUGUUGGUCGUAGAAUUCAGGCUGCCGGACCCCGUGGUCACUGUAUUUUGUUAGCCAUGCCUAGUUCUCUAAAUAAUUAUGAGGACACUGCCUCAUCUAUUCAGCAAAGACCCUUGAAAAAUCUUGUCACAUAUUUGAAACAAAAGGAAGCUGCUGGUGUUAUUUCCCUUCCUCCAAUUCCUAUUCCAGGAAAGAAAGAUGUUGGUGUGCUUCAUGCUUUUCCUCCAUGUGACUUUGGGUUCAACUUUUUGAGAAACCGUGCUCCCAAACUGUCACCAGAAUCUGCGAAAGAGGAUUACCUUGUUGUUGUAGUUGUUAAUGGGGCAGCAUAGCCCCUUUUACACAUCAUGUUCAUUGAAACUGACCCACUGCAUCUGUUGAGAUUCUUUAAGAGAUAGAUAUAUAUUAUAUAUAAGUUCUUGUACAUUUUUUAAAGUAGAAGUUCAGUCAUCUUUAUAAUCGCUUGUCAGCUAUAUAUUAACUUAUAAUUAAGAAUAGAAUUCUUUUUGAAUGUUGCUCUAUGAAAGAGAUUUAGAGAGCUUAGAUCCUUCUGUAUUUUUUAUUGGUAAUUUUAGCCAUCCUUUUUCAGAACAUAGAUGAAAUGUUUUAAAAAGAACUAUCAUGAUAAGGCAUGUGCUUGGAGAGUUAAACACCCAAUAUUAUAAAUAUAUAUUUCACGGACAUCAGCUUUUUAAUCUUUUCCAAAAAGCUUUUGAAAUGUUAAAUGUUUAUCAGAUAGUCUAGAGAUGUCAGGGAAUUGUUUUAGUGGGUUUGUUUUAAUAUUUUUCAUGUGAACAUAUUAAGUACUAUUUAUAUGUGUCAUUUUUUUAGACAAAGUGUAAACUUGCUUUGCAUUCUGCUUCGUUGUUUUCAAAUUUUCUUUGUACAGAGCCAUCUUCACAUCACAGAACACGCACUCUGCUCUGGAACUGGAAAAUUAAAAUGGAGAUGGUGAUUUGGAACUGGAAAACAGUGUCACAUUGCUUUCUUCAUCGGCCUCCCAAUUCCAGUUCUCAGAUGCAGAAGUGCUGUUUGCUCUGUAGUGAAGCAGUCCAGCAUUUGUAAGUGUGGACUGUGGUUUAUUUUAUGGCCCGAUUUCACAGUGCAUUCGCUGAAUAUUCAAGACGUAAUAUCUGUUGUGCAUACGUUUUUCAUUGGUGCGCUGCUGGAGUGAUUUGUGAAAGGUUACUAUGUGAUAGUGAUGGAUGAGAGAAUCAUGGACUGUUCAAGUGUUAGUUUAAAUUAGCGUGACUUGCUGAAAUAAGAAGGUCUACAGUGUUGUUUACCUUCUAGUGAAAAACUGUAGAUUCGUGAAAUUGUUUUAUAAUGCUGUUUAUAUUGUGUGUGCUGCUAGGAAAGGAAAAAGGGUGGUUCGUUAUCUCUUGAUGCUACGACGUGCAUGCUGAUAGACAAAAAAUUAAUAUAGAUCUAGAUAAUUUGAGGAAUAUUAAGUCUGUUGAACUCAGUUUAACUGUUAUCGUAUCCAUCAACUUAGAUCAACUGCUUGAUCAAAAAGAUACUCGGAAAAAAUGUUCUCUUGGUGUGUAGUCAUUGUGUAUUCAUGAUAUUUUCAAAAGGUCAUAUCAAAUGGCUUUUCUCUCAUAUAGUAUUCUUGCAAAAGUUGAUAUGGAAAAGAAUGUGCCUAUUUAUCUUUCAGUGCAGUUUUUUUCUCCAGUGUUGUAAAGUGUCUGAAAAUUGUGCAUGUGAAAAAAAUAACCACUAGUCUUCAUAUUCCCGUGAAAGGGAAAUUCAUGCUGCAUUCUUUGUGAUUCCUUUUGCUGUGUAUGAAACUGGAAGUUUCAUUAAGGGAUGUGUUUUGUAACUAAGUGAGUCUUCUAUUAUGAUUUGCCGCGCAUUUCUGUAAGUUGUGUUUGUGUGUAUUCCCGUUUUGAUUUUGAAGAAAAAAUUGAUUCUUGUAAGUUAACUAUAAUCUGUUCGAUUUAUUAGAAUGUGGUGGUUAUUUUCUUUAGACUUGUAGUCAAUAAACUAAAUACUUCAUUGUUGACAUGGAAAUCGGUAUGGUCUGUUUCUUUGAGAUGUGCGUAGUAGUACGGUUCAUCAAAUUAGUCAGUGCUUUAUAUUCAGUGUGUGGGAAAUUCAUGAUGCUGUGCAAUUCUAUACAAAGUAAUUGCACAAGCGAGUAUUGUGAAUUUAUUGUUUUAUUCCAUCCUGUGAUAAGCCAUGGAAUGAACCAUUGUGGUGCUUGAUUAGCCUUGUUAGAAUGGUCCUUGCUGUGAGUGGUUAUCAAGGUGCAUUGAUAAGUUUAUUCAAGUGAAUCCUACAAAUCUGUGUGGUUAAUAUAUGAGCAGCGAUGCUCUUUUUGACACAAGGUAAUGACUUUCAUCUCGAAAAAGUUAUAAUGUUUUCUAUUUGUAGUGCAUCAGGAAAUCUGUUGUAGGAUGGAACAGUGUGGAGUGGAGUGGUUUUUAUUCAGGUUAGAUUGAUGCUACUAGUGUGAAAAGAGUGAUUGGUUUGAGAUUCGAGGCAUUAUGAAAUUCAUCUGAAAGUCAUGGGUGAUUUCUUACCUCUACACAAAGUCACUGAAAAUGAGUUCAGGGUCUGGCUGUGAAUUCUGAAUGCUACAGAAGUAUGAUCGUUUAGAUUUUUCAUCCGCAAAUCAGUGAAGAUUUUCAAGGCAUUCAGAGGUCUGGUGUGACAGUAUUUUAUGCUAUGCUGUCUAAUUCAUGAACUGACAAUCCUAGUGCUUUCAUUGUCAGACCUCAUAAGUGAGAAAAAGUGAAGGAACAGUGAAGCUGUGAUAUUUUACCCUUUUUUGGGGGACAUUUUCAAAGUUGUCCAAGGCCCAUUUACAGCCUCAAGAAUUUUUAAACUUUAAAUUUACACGUUUGUUGCUCCACUGGAAAGCUGAAAAUGUAAGCACUUGUUGCCCCUA